AACAAAACAUUGACAUUAGCAUCUGCGGUGUGUUUUUUGAGAUUUGCUACUGGAAACUAGCCUCUAUUUCAUGGUAGCAAAGGCCGGUUUUUUCUCAGGUGCUUAUUAGAUACUAAAGAAUCAAGAUUCGAGACAGAGGUUGUUUAGAAGAAUAAAUAAAUUCCAAACCCACGAUUAUAGUACUGAAUUAUAUUAGUGUUGAAAGCGGAUACAAUCCUCUUCUGUGGCUAAUUUUAUUCAGGUGUUAAGAUAAACUCACAAAUGGACGACUUGGAAAACGAAGAUCAAAAGCGAACGAAGAGUCGCAGCCCCUCUCCGGGUAUCAAAUCGACAGCGGUGGUGAAGUACACCGCAUUCCAAAGCCCCGUGGGCUACGCCCGGUUACAAUGUAACACAGACUUGAACAUGCCUCCCUCCAACUGGGGGGCGGCUAUUGACUCUUAUGGACUAAAGCAGAUACUGACCAGGGGCACAGGGCUAUCUAGCUUUAGGAUGGCGCACAUGUUCCCCGACUGCGUGGGGGAGGUGGACGUGAUAUCAGGUGCGGAGUGCAUCAAGAAAUUGCUCAAACUACCAUACCAACCCAAUGGAACUGUGAGUAUGAUGGUGCACCGCGUCGAGAAUACUUUGUUGUUGGACGAUUUCGACGUGUACGACUACCUGAUGAAGUCCGAGUGGUCUUGGCUGAAGGAUUUUUUCUACGAGAACAUUUUGAAGACAAUGUCUGAGCAGGAGCGUAUGUCGCUGCGCCUGUCCCCGCCGAGCUCGGCGCUGCAGCUGACGCAGAAGUUCCUGUCGCACAGCGUGGCGCGCGGCCCGCGCGGCCCGCCCGGCGCCGCCACACAGCCGCUCCCGCGCAUGGCGGCCUCCGUGUGUCUCGCAGACAAACGCCCUUUCCUACCCGAACCGGAGACACGUGCAGAAGAGCCUCCAAAUGAGCAUUUAUACAACCGCAACGUGCUCUGGACCUUCGAAGACAUACACAUGCUCAUUGGCAGUGACCUACCAAUCUUCGGAGACAAGGACCGACCAUGCGUCAGUCUCAGGCUCAGGGACACGCGGGAGCCCAUAAAUGUUCUCACCGGCAUUGACUACUGGCUCGACAACCUCAUGUGCAACGUCCCUGAAGUACUAAUGUGCUACCAUCUCGACGGCAUAGUCCAGAAAUAUGAACCCAUGAAGACCGAAGAGCUACCUAAUAUGGAGCACUCCAAAUUUUCACCCAAAGUCAUUAGAAAUGUUGCCCAGAAUAUCUUAUCUUUCUUGAAGUCUAAUGCGACCAAAGCUGGGCACACUUACUGGCUGUUUAAAGGUCCUCAUGAUGAUGUAGUCAAGCUAUAUGACCUGACGUCUCUAUGUCCUGAUAGUAUGGACAAUCCGUUCACUACUCCGGUAGCCAUGUUACUCUACCGAGUAGCUAGGAACAUGCGAAUGACGAACAGGUCCAAACAUGUCCGUCAGUUGCUCGAACAUGUCAUAGAACUGCUGAAAGAAGAGAGGUAUCCUCAAAUUAUUGCGUCUUCACACUAUAUGCUCGCUGAUUUGUACGUACCCGCUACUACGAAUCCUGCUAAUCCUAAUUUUAAAGAAGAGAGUGUAGACUCAGAUUGUGAAGAUCCAGAUUUAUAUCCUCCCCAAGCAGAGGACGUUAGCUCGGAACACGCCGAGGACACCGUGGAAGUACCAGAAAAGGGAGAGGGUUCCGAAAAAGCAGAGGGAUCUGAAAAAGGGGACGGAUCAGAAAAUGUUGAGGGAUCUGAAAAAGGAGAAGGAUCCGAAAAGGGGGAGGGAUCUGAAAAUAUUGAGGGUUCUGAAAAGGGGGAAGUAUCUGACGCCGAAGGAGAAUCGGCUCUUGCCCUCCAAAUCCGAGGGUUGGCACUCAGAGAUAUAGGAGACAAAGUUCGGAAUAUUGUUGAAGAGCGCAAGCAGUGGUCGUCGGGCGAGGCGGCGGUGGGCGCGGCGGAGGGCGCGGCGGAGGGCGCGGCGGAGGGCGCGGCGCCGCCGGAGCGCUGCGGCCGCGCCCUCGCGCACGCGCUCAAGGGGCUGCGGGCACUGCACCACGUCACCAUACACAAGUCUAAGGAAGAAGAACGCGAGCGUAUAAAACAACAAAUAAUAGUAGAGGAACAACACCCCAAAAUGGCGAAUCCUUACGAACCAAUCAAAAUGAGUUACGAACCAAUUUCUAAGUCUAAGACCGAAGCCAAGGAACACACGUCUCGCAGCCGACGACGGAAACGCGAGAGGAAACAAAGCGACAAAUCUGGUAACUUUUUGAUAGAAGCUUCAAGUGUAGACAAAAACGCUAUUCAGAUACUUAAAGACAAGAAAGUCUACCCGACCUGGCAUGAGCCUAAUCGAGAUGAUAAUUUCGCGUGGAAAUUGCAUUUAAAAACUUUGUUAUAUGAAAAAAUAUGUCUCGCGUACGCCAUCUUAGCUGAAUACAGCUAUGUGAACGAACAGUACGGCUUCUCUCUCAAAUAUAUCGACAUGGCCAGUAAAUGCCAGAAGUUAUUAUCGAAUAUGAUAAUUAAAAGUAAGGUUGUUGACCCUGGGUGCCUGCUUGGCCGUGUCGGAGACAACUUCUUCCAAAUGUCCAAGAACUGGCACCGUUUGGAGCAGUUCAAGAAGCAGUUUGGUACAGAUCAUGACAUUGACGCUAAGAUCCGACUGGAGCUGGAAAAUGAUAUGACUGAGGAAGUUGAACAUGCUGUUAAUGAUGAGUUUGAGUUGGACAUAUCCUUACCGUCAAGCGAGGUGUCCGCGAUGUUGAUGUCGAUGUCUGCGUAUCGCGCGGCGGCGUCAGUGCCCGCGCCGCGCCGCGCCGAGCUACUGCGUCGUCUCGCGUCCGUCGGCAACGAACUCGCCGUCAGGCAUAUGAAUGAUGGACAACAAAUCUACAUGAGAUACACAGAAGAAGAGGACCCAGAAUCCCGAAGCGCUAAGCUCUUAUUAAAACAGUUCGUGUCAAUAUCUCGCAAGUCGCUCGAGUGUUUGGACGAAGCCACUGAGAUAUUUAGACAAGUUAAUGAUAUUCCUAACUUGGCACUACUGUACUGUAAUAAGGGAAGGUACUUAAGAUACCGGGUGCAUUGCGAUCAGGCAGGAUUCACGCCGGAGAAACGUCGCAUGUACGCCGAGGCGGAGCAACUGUACUUGUCUGCGCUACAAUUGCUGGGCCCGCGCGAGACUUGCGGCGCCACCGCCGUGUGGGACCUGGUGGCCUGGGAACUGUCCUGCCACGUCUACACGCGCGCCGUGCUCAUGCAGGACUCCACCGACAGGGCUUUUGAAGUAUCAGAAGUAUCAGAUGCUCUAAAGCACGCUCUGAAGCACUGUCCGCUAAGUCCGGGGCCAAGACAGUACCUGUACCAGUUCCGAGCUGCAAUGAUAUACCACCGACUUGGGUCCCUGUACCAUUCGCAGUAUCGCUUAACGUCAGAGGAAGGUCCCCGUCGCCGCACGCUGUUCGUGGCGUGCCGCAGUUACUACGAGCAGGCGAGCAACAUGUUCGCGCUGUUGGAGGACGGCGCCAUGUUCCUCACGGUGCAACUGGAACAUGUCGCCCUACUCGAGGCACAGGCUGCUCUAUCACCAAAUCUGAAGCUCAAAUCUCUUCAGUCAGCAGUCCAACUCCUACGUCAGUCGCACUCUAUAAUGAAAGUUUUAAAGGAGAAGGACCCAGAAGAAAAGGAGAAAACAGAAGAAGGGGAUGAGAAAGGCAUGAAAGGUGAAUAUAAUCUGCUCUCACUCUACGAAUCUAGAUUGCAUUUUAUACUUAAAAGUAUUAUUCAAUACUGUUUAUCGAAAUCUAAUAAGGAUUACGAAAAAAUGAGAGACACGUAUAAGAAAUUGUACUCCGCUAGUCUUAGGAUUAAGAAGAAUGAAGACAUAAGACUGUUUGCGGCUAGCAUUUGUGACGUUUUAGCUAAUAUGGAUGAUAUAAGUAAACAGUUUUAAAUCUAAUGAAACAAAGCCUUCAUAAAAAGAGUUAAACUGAAAUGAAUCUUGUGGUGCGAUGUUUUAUGAUUGUUUUUCAUUUGUACUGUGUUUUAAAUCGAUUUUUGCUUGCUUUCAAUAGUUUUUGUUUGUUGUAACUCUGCUCUGUAUUAUCGGAGAGUAAUAUUAGAUAAAUUGUCUAUAAACAAAUAUAAAUGUAGAAUUUUAAAAUAAAAUGCAUUAACAUAAAGCUUGAGCUUCAAAAAAAUGUAUGAAAGCCUGCGACUCAACAUUUUGACACAUUCGAAUUGAGAAUUCGAAGUAAGAGAUAGCCGUUUAUAUCGAAUCUGAAAUUAUUAAAAAAUAAUUCAGUAAAUUUCGAUAAUUAAACGAAUAUACUCAAUUGCGAGAAAUUGAGUUUAUUCUGUCCAGAGUUUGUAAUUUUAAAAUCUUGAUUCUAUAUUUUAAAAAAGCGUAAAAGACUGGGCAUAUAUGUGACCCCUUUGUAAUUAUACACGUAUAUGAAAUAUGUACAUGGAAACAGAAUUUAAUUAUCCUACGAAAUAAAAACUUGUAAAACAGUUUGCAAGCGAUAUUUAAAAUCAGAGCAAAAUUGUGACAUAACCGACGAAAAACAUAUUAUACAAUACAUAAUAAUGCACUUCUGUCUACCCCCAUGUGGGGUUAAAAGCUUGAAUAUUAUGUAUAUAUCAUCAUCAUAUAUGAAUGUGCUUUAUACGUAGUCUGUAUAUACAGUUAUAUAAUGCAAGCAUAGUUUUAAUGUGACCAUGUAUUUAUUUAUGUAUCGAGGCCUUAGUACGAGUCUGUUUCUUGAUUAAAUUAAUCGAAUCGAGACCGCGUUCGGCAUUCUGAUUGGCUGGUUCACUGGAGCCGGCCAAUCAAAGAGCCGGAUGCGGUCUCAUUUCGGUUAUUUUAAUGUAAAAACGCUUUCCGGUCUCCUUAGUACCUCGCUCACAAAAUAUUUGACCAAAUCUCUUCAUGAUACACGUCGAGAUUUUAUUUAUUAAGUUUAAAUAAUAUUAACGGCUUAUAUACGUUAUGUAAUUUUUUCGAAGACGCUUGAUUAGUUUCAAGCUUCGACCGGAGUUCAUGAUGAAAUUAAGAGUGAUUGCUCGGCUGUUUAGAAAAUGAAGUGAUGACUAACGUUCAAAUGACAAUUUGAUAGUUUACAAUGAGUCAGACAUUCUUAAUUUAUGUUAUACAUAGUUCUUAUAAAUCAAUUGACUACUAAUUUUACUUGGUAAUACUGGAGAGUGAUUGACAAGAAUAUGUAUACAUUAUGCGUUGUUUUAACAUUCUACAUGCCAAAUUCGUAGUCGUAAUUUUUUAGUAUACGUAGUGGAAAUAGUAGACUAUGCGCUAUUUCUGACUUUAAUCUAUAACAAGUAAUUUUAUUUUUGCCUUUUGACUGCCUCACUGCUGUGCAACGUGUCGCGGGUUCGAUUCCCGCACGG